GUCAUUGGUUUUAACUUUGAUUAAGGAAGUAAACAAGAGAAUAUUGAAUCUGUUUACAUGGGGACCUGCAUAUCCACUGCAUCUUCUGGGAUCUAUGAUAUUGAGCAUGGCCCUGAGAAUGUUGUGUAUUAUCAAGAAACAGGUAAAACAGGUGAUGGAAUUGAUAGAAAUGGUUCUCUGCAUUCUCAGCAAGGGAGUAAAGGGCUAAAUCAAGAUUGUGGGAUCAUUUACCAGGGCUAUGGAAUGGAACAUGGAACUUUCUGUGGAGUCUUUGAUGGGCAUGGAGCAAAUGGUCAUGUGGUCAGCAAAUUGGUACGAAAUCGCUUGCCUUCGUUGCUCUUGAAUCAGAUGAACAAUAUAAUGAAAUACGAUACAACAUCGUACGACAAGAAAGACUUUGAGAAGUGGAAAGAGGCUUGUGUUAGUGCAUUCAGAGUGAUGGACAAAGAGGUUAAGCUUCUGGAGAAUGUAGAUUGUGCUUGCAGUGGUACCACUGCUGUCACAGUUACGAAACAGGGUGAUGAUCUUCUUAUAGCUAAUCUAGGCGAUUCACGAGCAGUUUUGGGGAAGAUGGGUAAAAAUGGAAUCCAGGCUGUUCAGCUAACCACUGACUUAAAGCCAUGCGUUCCCUUGGAAGCAGAGAGAAUUAGAGCGUGCAAUGGUCGUGUGCUUGCACUUAAAGAUGAAUCACACGUUCAACGAGUAUGGUUGCCUCACGAAGACUCUCCAGGCCUAGCCAUGUCUCGUGCUUUUGGAGACUUCAUGCUGAAAAACCAUGGUGUUAUUUCCACUCCUGAGGUCACCUGUCAUCGCCUAACUUUCUCUGACCAGUUCCUUGUUCUCGCAACUGAUGGAGUUUGGGAUGUGCUGAGCAAUAAUGAAGUAGUAUCGAUUAUAUGGGCAGCAAAGAGCGAAGACGCGGCCAAGGCAGUAGUGGACGCAGCCACAGCUGCCUGGGAACACAAGUACCCAACUUCAAGGAGGGAUGAUUGCACUGUUAUAUGUUUGUUUUUUCAUAGUUUGCAUCACAACACAGAGUCACAAACUCAACCUUCCUAAUGACUCCUUGAGCUUGUAGUGUUAUGUUUAAAGUUUAAACCAAAUGAGAAUUAUAGAUUUCAUAUA